AAGAAGUCGCAAACACUACUUGAAAAUAAAUACAACUUCAACACAACCGCGGCUUGAAAAUAAAUACAACUUCAACACAACCGCGGGCUGAGUAAUUGAAGGUAGCUCAAAUUAGUUGACCUAACCAUCAAGAUGUCACGCGCGACAUCCAAAGCCCAAGCUGACAAGGGCAAGGCCCCUGCCCGUGUGUCACCACUGCCAAACCAUGAGCAUGAAGAGGAAGACAUUAUCCCAGGUUGUCUGACUCAGAGCCAAUGGAUAGACAUGUUGGUCCAAGAGGAAGCGGAAGAUGUUGUAGGAGAGAUAAUGGCUGAUGUGAUGACAAAUGUUAUGGAAGCUUGCUACAAUGUGCACAUUGAAAGACAGCUACCAUCUUUCACUGCAUACUGGGCUAAAUGUUUCUUCACACAAACUGUGGAGAGGAAAAUUAUUUGCCGAGAUAGAGGGGAAGAUCCCAUGGCGUUGUCGGCAACAGAAGACUCCGAACCAAUACCAAUCACUCCAGAUGUCUGGGCAGAAGGAUGUUUUCCCGUUAUACAUGGUAUACUUUCAUCUGACUCUGCAUCCGUGUCAACGCAGAUCAACCAGGAAACUAAUACCAGUGCGGACUUUGAGCUUGCCCAUCUUGAAGAAAAUCUUCAAAGCGAUACAUCACCAGAAAUCAGCACCCCACCUGAGAUGUCCGAAGGGAAAAUAAGUCCCUGCGAGCAUGUGAGCGACAAAGAACCAAGUCCUAGCCCUAAACCGAACAUUUCCACAAAGAAAAAACAGAAGGCUUCUUUACCCGCAAAGCUUCCCCGAAGCACUGUUUUGCAACAUGAAGAAAAAACAAAAACGAGUGACAAUAGAUCCACCCAACCACCAAAGGACACUAAAACUAUACUGAAGGUUAAUCAAUCAUCUUUGCCACAACGUUUGAUCACUCCUCAAUACGAGAUUGACAAACACACAAAAUCUAGCAUCAAACCAUCAAGUGGUCAACCCAAACUACGGCCUUUGCCUAGUAAGCAGCAGAUUGCUACAACAGGAGCCUGUUGGAAACCUGAUCAACCCGAGAGGUUGUCUCCCAUUAAAGAUGAGAGGAUGAUGGCUCGAGCUUUGAGGAUGGACACCAUAAGUUUGGCCAAAGGUGUUUGUCUCAAGGAUCCCUGGAGAACACAAAUGGGCCCACAUCAGUUCAAAUCACAAGCUCAGUUUGCCAAACUGAGGCCAAUAAACAGUGAAUCAGUAAAGCCGGAGUUCCCUGUGGAUGAGUUGACGACAGGAUGUCCACCACAGGUUACCCAAAUAUUGCCUUUGGACAAAUUCAAGUUUUGAUUAUAACACAACUGGGUAGGUCUAUUGAUACUUUUGUUAUUUUUGUAAAUAAGUUCAUCUUUAUUGUCAAGUACAAUUUCACGUAGUGUUUGGACACGAAGAAUUGAAUAAUUUUUAACAUUGGGACACAGGGAAAUUAAAUUAAUCCAUUGAGUUGAAUUUAAUGGUGAGUUCAGUGGCGGAACAAAUGUGAAGAGGGCUUGGGUGCGAUGAGCAUAAAUGGAACCCCCUGAGUGGACGGUCCAACAGCCACACUUUUGCUGGCACCUCAAGACGAUCGUCCGCUGUGUGUAUGUGUAUGUGUAUGUGUGGGCAUGUGGAAUUUUUUUGCAGGCCCCUCCAGACAACAGCCAAGCGGCGGGCAGAGAUAUUUUAACACUUAAACACUAUAUUGCAGCUCCGCACAUCAUCAUACUUUUCUAUUUGACCCUCCCCUUGCCCAACCACGGCCAUUUUACGCUCGCAAAGGGGCCCGGGAGCGGCCACACCUCCCUAAGUUCCGCCCCUGGGUUAGUUGGGUAGUUUUAACCAUUCCAAGAGAAUACAUUGCACUCGGAGCUCCAAUCAUAAUGAGUAUAUGAGUGUUGACAGCAAGGGUGUAGGUUUGCAUAGUGACGGUAGGGACAUAACACUUCCAACUUUUCAGGAUGCUCAAAUUGUCUCCACCAACUUUUGGGCAACCUUAUUUGAAUUAUACAGUGACUUCUGUUAUAUACUGUAGGUCAUUUGUCUUCCCAUAUGUUGUAAGGAUAGAAAAGACCCUACCAUUAUUAAGUGAAUUAUUUUCAUUAUGCUCAGAUUUACAUUGGUCUGUUUUCGCUUGCUGGGUGUGCCAGUCCAUUUUUCCCCUCAAACGCAUAUUUGAUUGGCUGAUGACUUGACCCCACCCCCCAUAUGCAAUAUGCUGCCUCCUGCGCCACCUUCGAAGACGAGGGAUAUUAGUAUGGGGGGGGCACAUGACGAAUUUUGCUUUGAGAGGAAUAUCCACCUGAGUGUUUUCUACUGUUAACGUUAAUUAAACUGCAAGAAAUGUAAUGAACCAAGGUUUACCACCUUCUCCCCAGUUUUCAUUUUAAUUAUAUUUAUGUGGUCUUAAAGCAGCCCAAAGGAGCUUUCCUUUUUUUUUUUUUUUUUUUGCGUUUGGCUGUGCUUGUGAACAAAAGCAAUAGUGUUUUUUUGGGAUAUUUAAUUUAUUUAGACAAUUUUGAGUGGUCU